GACACUCGAACUUAACCCAAGAUUUUUUUGAACAUAAACUGAAUAGCUUUUAAUAACAAAUAAAAUUAAAAUAAAUAAGAAAUGAUUAUGUUUUAGAAUUAGGAUAGUUUUGGUUUAAUUAAACAAGGGUUAUAGGCAUUUAUCUGGCGAAUUUUUAUAACGUUUAUCAUACAGAAAAUCGUGGAUAGCGAAGUUAUUUGUUGAGUAAAGAAGCUAAACAGACUCCUAAACUUAGACUGGUCUUAAACAUCCCUGACAAAAAUGUCCUUUAAAAAGCAUGUUAACUCUGUAGUAUUCAGUGCUAUACAGAAUGUAGACAUGGAAAAACUUGCUAUAUGUUCUGAAGACGAUAUUCGACCUGUUUUACCAUGUCUUGUUCGUAUGGGUUUAAUAUCACCCUUAGAUACAUCCAAAAAAUGCACAAACAUGAAGGUUAACAUUCUCACUAUCGUGAGUGGCAUGGAACUGGUGAAUUCUAUAGUUGCCCUGUUAAGUAUCGAUUUCCACAAGCUCGAAAUCGAAGUAAAGAAAGAACAACAGUUGCGACAAAAAGGAAACACUUCUCAAAACGACUCUAUUCUAAUAGGAAACUUGUCAAACACUAGUAUGGCACUAGAAUAUGAAAGAAGUGACAUGACUAGAAGACUUAGUAUUUUACUAGGCGAAUUGUUAUAUAUACAAUCACAAAUUCAAGAGACUUCUGAAGUUUCAGACCCAGAAACUUAUAAUAAAUCUUCAGAAUUAUUCGACAAUGAUAUUUUUGCAGAGGAGCUAUCCGAUAUUAUAUGUAUCGCUCUAGCAGAACUCCCAACAACAUUAAACAUUUCAAAUAUCGUUGAAACACUUUUACAUGUUCAUAAUGGUCCAGAAAUUAUAUCUAGGGUUGUUGCCAAUUUUCCUGACAGCUUUAGAGAAGUAUGUACUUAUUUAAUACAAACUGGCGAAAAACAGGAAGAGUCUAUAUCCAGUACUAUAAGGGCUGCAACUAUUGGUCUUUUAUGCGAGAUGAACCCAUCACAAAGUCUAUCUGUAAGAAGUAAAUGUGUUGAACUAUGUAGAAUGCCUGCUCUGGCAAUAGCAUUGUCUUUAAAUAAUACAUCAGACGAUGGUGAAGGAGAUAUGGUAGCUUUUGUGAGUGGUUUGUUGCUGGGAAAUGAUCAGACUAUUAGGAACUGGAUUGCAAUGUUUAUAAGAACUGGUCAGAAACGCAAAGGAGAAGCAUCUAGUAAUGCCUUGCAACAAUUAAGGGAUGAACUUUUAAAAAAGUUGCAGAAAAUAAUUGAUUUUUCACCAAGUGGACAAAUACCUGACAGUCUUGUUGUUCAGGCAUCGGCUUUGUUAAGAUUAUAUUGUGCACUACGGGGUAUUGCUGCUAUAAAAUUCCAAGACGAAGAAGUGAAUCUUAUAGUUCAGUUAUUGACGUCCCAUCCAAAUCCUACGCCUGCAGGUGUCAGAUUCGUGUCUAUAGGUUUAUGUAUGCUUAUAGCUUGUCCUUCCCUAAUUUCUCAACAGGAACACGAAAGACGCAGCAUUGAAUGGGUUCAAUGGCUGGUCAAAGAAGAAGCUUAUUUUGAGUCAGCCAGUGGCGUUACAGCUUCUUUUGGCGAGAUGCUGUUGCUAAUGGCAAUUCAUUUCCAUAGUCAACAGCUUAGCGCUAUUUGCGAACUAACUUGUUCCACUUUGGGUAUGAAAAUCGCCAUACGACACAAUAACAUGAACCGGAUGAAGCAGGUCUUUACCCAGGAGAUUUUCACUGAACAAGUCGUAACUGCGCAUGCGGUUAAAGUUCCCGUUACGCAAGGACUAAGUGCUAAUAUGAAUGGUUUUUUGCCAGUUCAUUGCAUACAUCAGCUUCUAAAGUCUAGAGCAUUUGCCAAGCACAAUGUCAACAUAAAAAAUUGGAUAUAUAAACAAAUUUGCAGUAGUAUCAAUCCUUUACAUCCAGUUUUACCAAUGUUGGUCGAGGUAUACGUGAACAGUAUAAUGAUCCCCAACUCAAAGAACUUAGAACAAGCCAACAAACCUUUGACAGAAAACGAAAUAAGGAGGGUAUUUCAGAGUUCAAUUUUUGGUCAGUACUUUGACAAUAAACAAUCAAUUUUCACCAUGGAAUUCGACAUCAAUGCUGAUAACCUAGAUGUAGUGGUUGAUAACACCAGUUUAACACCACAGUUACUGUUGUUAUAUUAUCUGUUACUAUACGAAGACUGUAGGCUCAGUAACGCCCAUGUAUUAGCUUCCAGCGGGAAAAAAAUCAAACAGUACACCUCUGAGUUUAUGUCUGAACUACCUAUUAAGUAUCUAUUGCAUCACGCUCAGAAGGAUCAAAGUUCUUACUCCGGUCUUUUUGGUCCGCUUUUAAAACUCUUAGCUACCCAUUUUCCUCACUUAACCUUGGUAGAGGAUUGGUUAGACGAUAUGUCAAUACAAGUUGAAAGAAAGCCGGUUCAUAUCGACGAAUAUAUGGUAGUGACUGCCUUCAGUGAGAUUGAAACUAAUCCGUCAAAAUGCGCAAAAUUACUGCAAAAUAUGCUGAAAAUCGAGGCAAUUGAUAUAUGGCCUUAUGCAGAAAGUUUUACACAAUUCGCCAGGAAAGUACUAGGUGAAAAUAUUCCAAGAUUUCUUCAAGACCUCUAUAAAGACGUUUGGUUAAGAUUAAAUACAGUGUUGCCACGCCGUUUGUGGGCCUUAACUAUUAAAAGCUUAGUCGAUGACUUUUCAUCCUUAACAAAAAUCGACGUAGCCGAAGAUCCGCUACAGAUAAUGAGGUGCGAUGAACGCGUAUUUCGGUGUGCCCCUGUAUACGCUAUUGUAUUGAGAGUCUUAAGAGCAAGUUUAGCCUCUUCCAGGAGUCAACUGACUCAACACUUACAGUCUAAUCCUAAGUUAGAUGCUCACGGUCAAAUAGUAAGCGAACCGGAUAGAGAAGAAAUGUGUAGAGCCACAAUUGCUGCACAGGAAAGUGCAGCUGUUCAGAUGCUUCUAGAAACGUGCAUGGAAAAUGACCAAGACAAAUGUAUACCAGGACGCCGAUGGGCUCUUCAAGAAGUCAGAUCUUUAGUUUGCAGUUACUUGCAUCAGGUUUUUAUUGCUGACACAGUUUUGUGCAAGCUUGUACAUUUCCAGGGAUAUCCAAGUGAACUGUUAGAAAUUGUAAUUAAGGGUGUGCCCUCGAUGCACAUCUGUUUGGAUUUUCUUCAAGAAUUGAUGCAGCAACCCAGUUUAAAGAAACAAAUCUUUGCAGUUCAGUUAUUGUCGCAUUUAUGCGUCCAGUACGCCCUGCCAAAGAGUUUGAACCUGUGCGUAACGGCUCUGAAUUUAUUGUACGCCCUUUUAGGAGGAAUUUCAAGUUCUCAGCGUGUUAAAUUGUUCAAACCCGUACUUCCAGCGCUGGUAAGAAUCAGCGAGGCUUUUCCAUCUCUAAUCGACGACAUCGUCAAUCUUUUAAUGCAACUGGCCAGGAUAUGCGAGAGCCAGGCGUCUCUAGCCAGCCAUUUUGACAGCCAGAGGGGAAGAGGUCUGGAAAUAUCCGCGCAAGAAAGUGCGGAAUUGUGCGAUUUGACCCAACGAACUUUAAGUGAUAUUUUAGAUAAAAGUGUACUUAGAACAAAUAUUUACAGACAAGAAUAAUAAAUCGUUGAAAUUGUCACAGCAAAA